ACGUGUUUACGAUCAAAUCUGAGUUUCCCGCGGCGUUCCUGAAUCCGGAGUAGGUUUUUAGUAGCGUAGGCUUUUAUGUGCAAAUCUACACACAGAUUUACUCACUUUUCAUGAAUGAGACCCACAGUGUUUGGCUUUUUUUCAGUGUUAUAAUCAUUAAAAAGCAAAAGCAGCAUGUGUAUACAUUCAGUAGGCUGUAUCUUCAGUAGCUAGCUAGCUAGCUAGCUAGCUAACUCUACACUUUUCAGGACUGGAUUUUGGUUUUGGAACAGGGAAGAAUUGUAUAUCUUUUUCCAACCUCUCCAGGUAUUGCAAGCAGUUUCAUAUGACUCCGCAGAGAAAAGGCUACUACAAGCACCUCUCUGAAGAAGUGUUUCGACUACAGAUUAAAAAAACACAAAUGUCAACUUCCCCACCAACCUCUUGCGAUUGGAUGCUCCUGGUUGAACAGAAGAAUAUAAAUGUCCGGGUUACAACCAUGGACGCUGAGCUGGAGUUUGCCAUCCUGCCCAGCACAACUGGCAAACAGCUUUUCGACCAGAUAGUGAAGACCAUCGGGCUGAGGGAAACCUGGUUCUUUGGCCUCCAGUAUCAAGAUAGCAAAGGCUUCUCCACCUGGCUCAAGCUGAACAAGAGGGUGACAGCUCAAGAUGUGAAGAGGGACAACCCUUUGCUGAUUAAGUUCAGGGCCAAGUUUUACCCUGAGGAUGUCGCGGAUGAACUGAUCCAGGAGGCAACACAGCGCCUCUUCUUUCUGCAGAUCAAAGAAUCCAUCCUAAAUGAUGACAUAUACUGUCCACCCGAGACUGCGGUGCUCUUGGCCUCGUAUGCGGUUCAGGUCAAACAAGGAGACUACAGGAAAGACUAUCACGUACCAGGAUACCUCACAAGAGAGAAGCUGCUGCCACAGAGGGUUUUAGAGCAGCACAAGCUGAAUAAAAACCAGUGGGAGGAAAGAAUCCAGGUGUGGCAUCAAGAGCACAAGGGAUUGCUGAGAGAGGACGCCAUGGUGGAGUACCUCAAGAUAGCCCAGGAUCUGGAGAUGUACGGGGUCAACUACUUUAAUAUCAAGAACAAGAAAGGAUCAGAACUGUGGUUGGGAGUAGAUGCGCUGGGGCUGAACAUCUAUGACAAAAAGGACAAGAUGACCCCAAAGAUUGGCUUCCCCUGGAGUGAGAUCAGAAAUAUUUCCUUCAAUGACAAGAAGUUUGUCAUCAAACCAAUCGACAAGAAAGCUCCGGACUUUGUUUUCUACGUGCCCCGUCUUCGCAUUAACAAACGUAUCCUGGCAUUGUGUAUGGGGAAUCAUGACCUGUACAUGCGUAGACGUAAACCUGACACCAUCGAGGUGCAGCAGAUGAAGGCCCAGGCCAGGGAGGAGAAGAACAAGAGGCAGAUGGAGAGGGCUCUGCUCGAGAGUGAGAAAAAAAAGCGAGAAAAUGCUGAGAAGGAAACAGAGAAGAUUGCUCGUGAGACCAUGGAGCUGAUGGAGAGAUUGAGACAGAUUGAAGAGCAGACAAAGAGAGCUCAAGAUGAGCUGGAGGAGCAGACUCGCAGGGCUCUUGAGUUAGAGAAGGAGAGGACAAUUGCUCAGGAGGAGGCUGAGCGACUGGACAAGGACCGCAGAGCUGCAGUGGAGGCUAAAGCAGCCCUGCUGUAUCAUUCUGAAAGCCAGAUGAAGAGCCAGGAAAGCCUGGCCACUGAGCUGGCAGAGCUUACCUCUAAGAUCUCCCAGCUGGAGGAUGCCAAAAAGAAGAAGGAUGAGGAGGCGAAUAGAUGGCAGAAAAGGGCGAUGGUGGUAGAAGCUGAUUUGGAGCGAACCAAAGAGGAGCUGAAGUCUAAACUCAUGGGUGUCCACAUCCAAAAUUCAGUCCACCCUCAUAUGCACGAGCACGACGAGACAGAUGAAAGCAGUGCAGAGGCGAGCGCUGAGCUCACUUCUCCUGGCAUGGUCCGAGAUCGCAGCGAGGAGGAGAGGGUAACAGAGGCCCAGAAGAACCAGAGGCUGCAGAAAAACCUCAAGUUCCUGAGCACUGAGCUGGCUGGAGCUGUAGACGAGAGCAAAAAGACCCUAAAUGACCUGAUCCACGCUGAGAAUGUGAAGGCGGGCCGUGACAAAUACAAGACCUUACGUCAGAUUCGUCAGGGCAACACCAAACAACGCAUUGACGAAUUUGAGUCCAUGUGAGAGGGGCUGCUAUAGGCCCACUCACACCGAAAGCAAGAUAUGGAUAGAUGAUGAAAUCGGACAUGUUGAGAGAUUUUUAGUGAAAGAUUUAAGUGUAGAUGCAGAUUAUUACAUAGGGAUAAUUAACCUCACAGGUUGAAUAUGUUGGCAAAUGAUGCUGUUAUCACCUUUAAUGUCCAUGAUUUUAAUGCCAUUUCAUCUGGAAAUAAGUCAUCAGUAAAAACUGUUGAAAAUACAUUUGUAAUCCACGUCAGUCCAUGCUGUCAUUCAUGAACGCGUUUGCUGUUGUCCUUGUCAAUCUAAUUAUAUACAGCUUCAAUUUCAAUAUGCCAACUAAUGAAAACUUUACUGAAAUUGAUUAAUGACAGUGUAGACAUUUAAGGCACUUACAUCUAAAUGUUAAAUUCUCUAUUCUUUAUCACAGAAAU